AUGAGAGAGACUCUCCAGCGUCUUGAUGCUCUUCAGCGAAAGUAUGAGCAGCACAGACUAACGUUACAUGAAGAAUCUUACAACGCUUCGAAAAGAAUAAAAAAGGCACAUGACGUGAACAUUGCGGAAUCUGUAAGGCGCCUCCAUAAUUCAGAGAACAACCCACACAAAUACGUUCCACAAACCAGAAUAAAUUCAUCACAUAACCUGGCUGUGACCACUUACCUCUUCGAAGAAUUAAGGUCAACUUUUACAGACGUUGACCCUGAAUGUGUAAAAGGUUGGAAGAUGUAUUUUGAGACUUUGCGGAGGAAGUAUUCUUUGGCUCAGCCUGAAAAGGCCCAGAAAAGAAAAACUAUGACGAGCAUUGCAAAGAACCUUCAAAGAAAGCGACUGUUGCUGGAGACCAGGUCCGGGGUUGUACAAACCAACACAGAAAAGGAACUUUGGAAGACCGCAACAAUAGAACUGAUGUCUGAUGAAGAUGAUGCUAUUGUUGAUGGAAGGCCAGUGUGAAUGGUGAGGUCUCCACCAAUCUGCUCUCUGCUAGGUACUAUAAAACAGACUAGAGGCUGACCCACACUAUGCGUCACACCACCAGCGUAUCAUGGCAGUUUGAAAAAUGUUAACUCGUAUAAAAAAAAAA